AUGUCCAUUGUCACGGGUCGACCAUUAUUAGAAAUCUACAAAUAUACGUAUUAUCUUUUUGAUUACACCAUCUUUAUGUGUUGCGAUUGGAAAUUAAAACAUUUAAAACAUAACUAUGCUCAAUAUAGUAGAUAUACACCAUCGCAUAGAAGUAUAUUAGAUUUUUCAUUAGAAUAUGAUUUUAGUCGCCAUUACUAUACGUAUGAACAUACGCCACGACGAAUCGAUCAAUUUUUACGAUGGUUAACAAAAAAAAAGAAACAAGAAGCGACAACAAUAGGUGGAUUCAUGACAUUUCAUAUUGGUAUUGAUCAAAAUAAUAAUGAACAAACAUGGAAAUUAUUCAACUACCAGCAACAGUCAAUUUGA